AUGACAUACUCCAUCAAAUCAUAUCUUGGAGGUUUUUCAUUAUUAAACCUAACGUCACAACUAUUAGGCAGGAGAGCCAAACAAAUUUACAAACUAUUUAUUCAUCAAGAAGAGCAUACUAGCUCAACAUUACUCAAACUUAAAUUACAAAAAGCGAUAAAUACCACGGUGCAAUUCUUGGAUCCUUCAAGUUUACAGGUAGGAAGACAAAAUCACAUUUUACCAUGGUUUAAAUUUUUACAAAGAGAAUCUGGAAUGAGAGGCUUAAGUUUUAAUAAUUUCUUAAAUCAAGUUAAGAAAGAAUUAACAACAGCAGAAAGUUCAUGGCUAGAUGCGUGGUUUAAAAUAAUUAAAAAUAAACCAACACCAUUAGCACGGAAUUUUUUAAUAGAGGUAGAUAGAAAUGAGAUGUAUGACUACAUCUGUAAGUCAAGAGAAAAAGAGUUAGAAAACUUAUGUGACAUGAAGGACAAAGAAAUCAAUAGUGAAACUUUCCAUCAUAUAUCACGGAAAACAGCAACUACUAAGCCGAUUAUUCCCAAUUGGAUUUCCAAUGAAGGAUUAGACUACGAUGAGCAAGCAUGGAAAAAAUUUUGGACUACCUUAUACAGCUUCUAA